UCCUCUCUGAGCCUGCCUAUGGAUCCUGUUCGGCCACCGUUCAGGGGCCCUGCUCCUGUCCAUCCAUCUCAAUGUGUGCGGAUGCCAGGCUCUUGGUCAACAGCUGCGAAACCUCUGGACCCCAGCCUGGGCAGGGCAGGACCUCUAGGACGCGGUCACAUGUUUGGCAAGCCAGAGGAACCCAGCACGCAGGCUGGGCCACCACAAAAGGAGGCUGUGGGUCUGGUCUCCAUGUUCCGAGGCCUGGGCCUUGAUGUGGCGUCCCGGACGUCUGUGAAACGGGAAAUGCCUGCGUCAGGUAGAGGCAUUUUAGGGAGAGGCUUGUCUGCCCGCAUGCCACGUAAGGAGAAAGAGGAACCAGGUCUCACUUUGCCGGAUCCUUCCAUGUUGGCAGCCAGUGAUAGCAAGAUGGCAGAAGCUUCUGUCGGGUGGAAUAGAAUGCUUGGAAGAGGGAGUUCGGAGGCUGCUCUAGUCCCACUGGGGAGAGCAGCCGGUGGCGUGAGCAGGGGCCUGGACAAGCCUCCCAGCACAUUUGGCCUCACUUCCUGGAAUCCCGCGCGGCUGUCCCCGCCUCCCCCGCUGCCCCAGUCUUCACUGCAUUCUCCAGAAUGUCCUUCACUCCUGACUGCGGAACACAAGGACAGAGAGGUUUUUGUGAAGCAGGGAUCAAAGGGAACUCCUCAGUCUCUGGGAUUGAACCUCAUCAAGAUCCAGUGUCAUAAUGAAGCAGUGUAUCAGUACCACGUGACCUUCAGCCCCAAUGUGGAGUGCAAAAGUAUGAGGUUUGGCAUGCUGAAGGACCACCAGGCUGUCACUGGAAAUGUCACUGCUUUCGACGGCUCCAUUCUCUAUCUGCCUGUUAAGCUUCAGCAGGUUGUUGAGUUAAAAAGCCAGCGGAAGACGGAUGACGCCGAGAUCAACAUCAAGAUCCAGUUGACGAAGAUCCUGGAGCCCUGCUCGGACCUCUGCAUUCCCUUCUACAAUGUUGUCUUCCGCCGGGUAAUGAAGCUCUUAGAUAUGAAGCUUGUGGGGAGGAACUUCUACGAUCCCACGAGUGCCAUGGUGCUACAGCAACACAGGUUGCAGAUCUGGCCGGGCUACGCAGCCAGUAUCCGGAGGACUGAUGGAGGGCUCUUCCUGCUUGCUGACGUCUCCCAUAAGGUCAUUCGGAACGAUUCUGUGCUGGAUGUCAUGCACGCCAUGUAUCAGCAGAACAAGGAGAACUUCCAGGAUGAGUGCAGUAAGCUUCUGGUUGGCAAUAUCGUUAUCACCCGAUACAACAAUCGCACCUACCGCAUCGACGAUGUGGACUGGAAUAAGACUCCAAAAGACAGCUUCACCAUGUCUGACGGCAAGGAGGUCACGUUUCUGGAAUACUACAGCAAAAACUACGGGAUCACCGUGAAGGAAGAGGACCAGCCGCUGCUGAUUCACAGGCCCAGCGAGAGGCAGAACCACCAUGGGAUGCUCCUGAAAGGUGAAAUCCUACUGCUGCCUGAGCUUUCCUUCAUGACUGGAAUCCCAGAGAAAAUGAAGAAGGACUUCAGAGCUAUGAAGGAUUUGACCCAGCAGAUCAACCUGAGCCCGAAGCAGCACCAUAAUGCUCUAGAGUGCUUGCUCCAAAGAAUUUCCAAGAAUGAAAUGGCCAACAGUGAGCUGACGCGCUGGGGGCUCUGUCUGCAGAAGGAUGUGCAUAAGAUUGAAGGACGUGUUUUACCAAUGGAAAGAAUUAACCUAAGAAACACUUCAUUUAUCACAUCUCAGGAUCUAAACUGGGUUAAGGAAGUAACCAGAGACCUUUCCAUCUUGACUAUCCCCAUGCAUUUCUGGGCACUUUUUUACCCAAAGAGAGCAACGGAUCAGGCACGAGAACUGGUUAACAUGUUGGAGAAGAUAGCCGGCCCUAUUGGCAUGCGCAUGAGCCCCCCAGCCUGGGUUGAGCUGAAGGAUGACCGCAUAGAGACCUAUAUCAGAACCAUUCAGUCCAUGCUGGGAGUUGAGGGGAAGAUCCAGAUGGUUGUCUGCAUCAUCAUGGGAACCCGGGAUGACCUCUACGGGGCCAUCAAGAAGCUGUGCUGCGUGCAGUCCCCGGUGCCCUCCCAGGUCAUCAACGUCCGGACCAUUGGGCAGCCCACCAGGCUUCGGAGCGUGGCCCAGAAAAUCUUGCUUCAGAUAAACUGUAAACUGGGCGGUGAGCUCUGGGGAGUGGAUAUUCCUCUGAAACAGCUGAUGGUGAUUGGCAUGGAUGUUUACCAUGACCCCAGCAGAGGCAUGCGCUCCGUGGUCGGCUUCGUGGCAAGCAUCAACCUCACUCUCACUAAGUGGUACUCGCGAGUGGUGUUCCAGAUGCCACAUCAGGAGAUCGUGGAUAGCCUGAAGCUGUGCCUGGUGGGCUCUUUGAAAAAGUUCUAUGAGGUGAACCACUGUCUGCCAGAGAAGAUCGUGGUCUACCGGGACGGAGUGUCCGAUGGCCAGCUGAAAACGGUCGCCAACUACGAGAUCCCCCAGCUGCAGAAAUGCUUCGAAGCUUUUGAGAAUUAUCAGCCCAAGAUGGUGGUCUUCGUAGUUCAGAAGAAGAUCAGCACCAAUCUGUACCUGGCUGCCACGGAGCACUUCGUGACCCCCUCCCCUGGGACUGUGGUGGAUCACACGAUAACGAGCUGCGAGUGGGUGGAUUUCUACCUCCUUGCACAUCACGUGAGGCAGGGCUGUGGCAUCCCUACGCAUUACGUGUGCGUGCUCAACACGGCCAACCUGAGCCCUGAUCACAUGCAGAGGUUGACUUUCAAACUGUGCCACAUGUACUGGAAUUGGCCCGGUACCAUCCGAGUCCCAGCUCCUUGCAAAUAUGCCCACAAGCUAGCCUUCCUGUCAGGCCAGAUCUUGCAUCAUGAGCCAGCCAUCCAACUGUGCGAGAACCUGUUCUUCCUGUGACUGCCCAGCCCAGGUCUCAGCUGGGCUGACUGCGGAGCUGGCUUGAGAGCAGCAUUUUCCCUUUCUCCAACCCUGUAGAAUAAGAUAUCUUUUGUUCUCCUAAAGCUGGUGUCGCCAAAAGCCAGGUGUCAGCUAGGAAGUGCCCUGUGUCCCUUGCAGAGCGGAGGGGAGCA